AAUCACUUUACAGCAACAACGAUCAUCAUCAGCAACGACGUCGGCAGAGAAAGGCAAUUUGUCUAAAAUCCAAGACUCAAAUGGAAGUGUAACCAGAAUCCUUAUAAAGCAAUCGUCUGCAGUUUUAAAUCGGCAUCAUGUUGGAAUAUAUUCUUACAGUUUUUAUUGUGAUUAUGUGUGGAUAUACCGUCGUUAAAAUCUUUGUUUUUAAAACAGAGAGCCCGCAGCCCCCAGGACCAAAAGGAUGGCCAAUAGUUGGGGUGGUGUUUGAGGUUGAUAUUUCAAAACUUCACAUUAAACUUUACGAAUGGGCGCAAAUCUACGGCGAUGUGUUCCAAUUUGAUUUAUUAGGCCAAAAAUUUGUCUGUAUAAAUUCAAUAGAUAUCCUUAGAGAAUUGUUUCUGAAAGAACCAAAUGCCACUAUUACUGCAGAUCGUCCAUUAACAUUUACUGGUAAAUAUGUAUGCGAUGAUUAUGCGGAUGUAGGAUUUUCAUCACCAAGUGUACUUUGGACAAAACGUAGGAAACUUGCGUUUCAACUUCUACAUACGUAUGGAAACGGACUAACUUGCUUGGAAAGUCAAAUAUUAAAAAAUCUACAGACAAUCAAAGAUAAUAUUCGGUCUUUAUCUGGGAAGAAUAUUUUCCCUGUCGACUUCGUCGAUGACUUUAUUUUCAGCACCGUUGAAGUUUUGAUAAUUGGUCGCAGUUUUGGAAAAGAGGGUCCCCUGCGCAAUCUUCUAAUAAAACAGAAUGAUUUGGUGAACAAGGUUGCCAACCCAGGAACAGAUUCAAUCUACGCUGUGUUUCCUUUCCUCCGAUUUUUGCCUCUGUCUGUAUCAUUGGCUUUGCGAGAACUUAAAAAAUCCCAAAGUUGUUUGUUGGAUUUAUUAGAUACGUUAUCGAAAGAAGAAUGCGAAGAAAAGGGAAUGUAUCACACUAUGAAGGAAGUAAUGGAAGAAGAAGACAAGAGCGGGAAACCCUGGUUCACAGAAGUAAAUCUGGCGGCAUUAUUACUGAACCUUGUUACAGCCAGUUUCCUGACGACUAGAGGAACACUUCUGUCACUGGUGCAUAUACUUGCUAAGAGACCAGAACUUCAGAAAACACUACAAAAAGAAGUGGACGAUGUCAUAGGAACCGAUCGGGAACCUAGACUGUCUGACAGAGAGAAUUGUCCUACGCUCGAGGCUGUUAUCUUGGAAACUUUGCGAUACAUUUCCCACUUACCAGUCUUUGUUUUUCACUCAAGCUCCGAUUCUUUGACAAUUGGUGAUUAUACAACAGAUAAAAAUACAGUGAUUAUUCCAAAUGGAUGGACAAUGCACCACAGUGAAAAAUACUGGGAGGAUCCUUUCACCUUUAAACACGAACGAUUUCUAGACAGCGAAGGCCAAUUAUUGGCCGCUACUCAUCCUAUCAGGAAGAGGUUGGUGGCAUUUGGACUAGGCAAAAGAAGUUGUAUCGGCGAAGUAUUUGCAAAAUCCCGUAUCUUUCUUUUCUUAUCUACUUUGAUGCAAACAAUAACGAUAGCUGAACCUUACGGAAAACCUUUACCAGAUCUCGAUCCAAGGGAAAUGAUUCCAGGACUCGUCUUACAAGCACAACCAUUCGAAGUUCGUUUUUUACUGAGAAAUAAUGAAGAGUGACCUCGUAAAUUUCAUAAUGGGAAAUAUACGAUAAAUACAAGCGAGACCUUGAAAAACGUUAUGAAUACAUGCUUCGGAAAUAUCAAAAGAUUAACCGUAAGUUAUCAGAUUUAUACAUGACUUGUACAUACAGCAAACAGCAUAGGAGCAAGAACGUGAAUCGUGAUUUUGUUGUUUUUGUGCUGUGUUAAUGUUUUUAGACAAAUUAAAGUAUCUUUAAAAAAUAAGAUUUUGUACCUUACCUACAAUAAAAGCAUGUAUUUUUA